ACUUUUCCGAUUUCGUAGCCAACUCAAUGGUUGAACAAAGAGGGGCUAUAAAUGCUAUCGCAGUAGGCGACGGCUUCCUAUUUUAAAUUAACGAUUCGAGAAUAGGCAGCCAGCUUGUCACAACACCACGCGCCAUUGCAUAAAUCAGAUACUAGAAGGAAUUACGUCACCUAUUUUACUUUGUCGUUUAUCAAAUUUGAAAUGGGAAUUUUUCAUUAAGCGAAAACGAACACAGAAUUGAAUAAAACUGUCCCUACGGCUGUGUUCACUAACAUCAUCGUCAUCAUCCGCUUGGGUUCUUGAUCCGCGCGGCACGAGAGAAACCGGUAGAAACAAAAGCGAUAGAAAGAGUACAACACACGCACACGCGCAUCGCAUCUCAUUCAACGCAACCAUCACACCACCACUACUACCGAGAGAGAGAGAGAGAUGGAGCCGGAGAGAGCGAGCGUGAGAGAUGGGCCCGUGCACGCGUCAGCCUCGCACGAGAAAGGUCGUUUAGAGGUCAGAUGGAAAAAGUGGUCCUCUGUGCAUCAACUUCGCCGGCAAUUGUGGACACAAAUCCUAUUGGAAAAGAAGCAGAGCAGAAAAGCGUACAGGAAAGACAACGGAAGAAUGGUGUCCAGCACAAAUGACUAUUAAUGUAUAAAUGGCAGAGGGCGCAAUACAUUAAUCAAUUGAUAAAGCUGACCUCGGUACCGACCACAGCAGCGCGACUGCUUUCACGGUCUCUGUGUUCUAAAGCCUGAACGGUGUUCGCGAUUGUGUAAUACAAUCAAUAGUGUGCGCGCCCUUCGAGUCAUUUCAAUCCGAUGAUAGUGAAGCUUCCCAUGAUGAGCGGGAUGGAGACCCUUUUUUAUAAUUUGAUGCUCCCCACCAGUGAAAGUGUAAGUGAAAAAAACACACCCACACACAGCGCCAUUUAUCGAUUGAAAUAGGAGACCAUUUUUUCGCGCAAACUGCCCCCUUUGUAAGCAUCAUCUCACAUCAGGGCGAUUCAUUUUGAAAGCAUUUAUAUGCACUUUGUAUUUCUAUUCACAUUCUUUUCGUUUUCUUUUUAGGCGCAAGAGUGCACUUAUUGCCUCACUCCACACAUGCACCAGUCGGCUGAUAAUAAUUGGAACAUUCCAGAACUUCCCUCCGUGUCGCAUACGGGAAUGAUGGGAAGCAUCACAGUUUGAGGCGCGGUUGCUUAGCAAAAAGGGCAGGAAAAAGCACGCCUGCUAAACGUAAGCUACACCAAGCCAAAUGCCAAACCAAUUAGAUAUUUAGUCCCAGCCAGUUUGGGUCCUGAUGCUCCAAAAAUAAUAGCUGGCUUUGGAGCAAUGUCACCAAAACUUGCUUGAAUCUUCCUUAUGGGUGCAUUUCCGUGUGCAGAACAGAUUCUCCGUCUGCUGUUGCCUACAUUAAAACCCGUACCACACAAUGCAAACACAGCGCAAAAGUAAAGGAGGGACAGCGAUGAAGCGUGCCACGAUGCUGCUCGCCACCGUGCUGUGCAUUGGCGUGCUGCCAGCCUGCAUCUACAGUCUCGAAAACGGACUCGCCAGGACGCCGCCGAUGGGAUGGCUGUCGUGGGAGCGCUUCCGCUGCAAUACGGACUGCGAGGGUGAUCCGGAAAAUUGUAUCAGUGAGCACUUAUUCCGUACGAUGGCCGACCUGGUCGUGAGCGAAGGAUAUGCCGCCGUCGGCUACGAGUACAUCAACGUGGACGACUGCUGGCUGGAGAAGUCGCGUGGACCGCGCGGUGAGCUGGUCGCCGACCGGCGUCGCUUCCCCAGUGGCAUGAAGGCGCUGGCCAAUUACGUCCACGCCAAGGGCCUUAAGUUCGGCAUCUACGAAGACUACGGCAACUACACGUGUGCCGGAUCGGGCAUUCUGGGCUUCUCGGCGAACGAUGCCGCCCAGUUCGCUUCCUGGGACGUGGACUACGUCAAGCUGGACGGGUGCUAUUCGCUGCCGAUCGACAUGGACCAUGGGUAUCCGGAGUUCGGCCGCAAUCUGAAUGCCACCGGUCGCCCGAUGAUCUACUCCUGCAGCUGGCCGGUUUAUCAGAUCUACGCCGGCAUGAAUCCCAACUACUCGUCCAUCAUUCAGCACUGCAAUCUGUGGCGCAACUAUGACGACAUCCAGGACUCGUGGGCUUCGUUGGAGAGCAUCAUCGAUUACUACGGCAACAAUCAGGAUGCCAUCAUCCCGAACGCUGGCCCAGGGCAUUGGAACGAUCCGGACAUGUUGAUCAUCGGCAACUUCGGACUCAGCUACGAACAGUCCAAAACACAGAUGGCGCUUUGGGCGAUUAUGGCUGCACCGCUGAUGAUGUCCGUUGAUCUGCGCACGAUCCGGCCCGAGUUUAAGGCGAUUCUGCAGAACCGCAAAAUUAUUGCGGUCGAUCAAGAUCCGCUCGGCAUCCAAGGGCGAAGAAUCUAUAAGCACAAGGGCAUCGAGAUCUGGUCCCGGCCGAUCACACCGAUCUACCAGACGUACUACUCGUACGCGAUCGCCUUCGUCAACCGGCGAACGGACGGCACCCCGUCGGAUGUGGCCGUGACCCUGCGCGAGCUGGGCCUCAUUUCGCCCACGGGCUACAGGGUUGAGGACCUGUACGAGGAAGUCGACUACGGAGUGCUGAGCCCCCAGACCAAGAUUAAGGUGAAGGUGAACCCAUCGGGUGUGGUGAUACUGCGGGCCGACGUUCAGCCGGAGCGUUUCUCCAAGAGACCGUACAAUCCAAUCUUCUAUCGCUAUCCUAACUAAAGCACUAAAGCCCGAAUGGUAACUCCAUCCCAUCAGCAACAGGCCCCGUUUUUAAUGCUGUAACAGAGGGUAGAGCAAACCAGGCGUAGAUUUCGGAAUUUGAAUAACAUAAACCGAUCCCCGCUCGAUAACAAAAUACAAAUAUUUGAACACACAGACCCAUACACAUCCAUCAGGCGAUAUUUCAGAAACAAGUUGAAGCAGCAUGCAAAAGCAUGGUGCGAUUUGAUAGUGAUGUAAGCAAAACACACCACAGGAACACCCUUUUUGAGGGAUAGCUUAUCGAAAGAAGCAGCAGAAAGACAACAAUCAUGUGCCAGUUUUGAUGGGAAAAAGAAACAUAAUUAAAGCCACAUACACAGUGUACUUCUGUUCGCGCUGACAGACGAAGGAAUAGACAAAAUGCUGCAAUAGACCGACGACCGAGAGAAGGGUUACACCCUUUUUUCUUCAGGAGUAACCACCAACACACGGGGCGUUUAUUAGCGUAGGAUCCGAUUGUGAACUAGCUAUAGAAGAAGACGCAUAAGAGCAACCAACACGAUUCUUCUGCAGCCAAAAAACCAAAUGGUGCUUUUCAUACGAACGUGUGCUUCCGUGUACGUAGAGCGAGUAUGCUUCCCCUGCACCGGGUGUGCACACUUUGGGUGUAUAGUGGAAGCGCCACAGUGAUAUGAUAACGUUACACGUUACGGUUUUUUUUUAUAAAACACAAGAAUUUUUCCUUCCCGCGCCCUGUCGGGAGAG